CCCACAGCUUUGGAAUGAGUAAAACUUCUUAGGAGGUAUAAAAGGUCGGCUGCCCUGUCUGGCAGGUGCUCUGCUGACAGCAACCUUCCUCCUAUAGCUCAACUCCUCACAUGGACCCCAGAAAAAAAGAACAGUGACCAAGGAAAAUCUGUCCACAAUGCCACAAAAUGUUAUUCUCCAAGGACCGUCACCCUGGGGAUUCAGGCUCUCAGGAGGAAUAGAUUUUAAUCAACCCUUAAUCAUAACCAGGAUUACACCUGGAAGCAAGGCUUCAGCCGCCAACCUGUGCCCUGGUGAUGUUAUUAUAGCUAUUGAUGGUUUAGGCACAGAGAACAUGACACAUAAUGAUGCCCAGGAGAGAAUUAAAGCAGCUACACAUCAGCUUUGUUUGAAAAUAGAGAGGGCAGGAACUAAAUUAUGGUCCCCACAAGUUUCAGAAGAUGGCAGAGCACAUCCCUUCAAGAUAAAUUUGGAAGCUGAACCUCAGGAAUUCAAGCCUAUUGGUACAGCUCACAACAGAAGGGCCCAGCCUUUUGUUGCAGCAGCAAAUAUUGAUGACAAAAGACAGGUAGUGAGCUCCUCCUAUAAUUCUCCAAUUGGGCUCUAUUCAUCUGGCAAUAUUCAAGACGCGCUUCAUGGACAACUGAGGGGUCUCAUUCCUAACUCAUCGCAAAAUGGAUGCAGCACUCCCUCGGGGCUGGACUGCGGCAGUGGGCGCAGCACCCCCUCUUCAAUUAGCACGGUCAGCUCCAUCUGCCCCACCGAGCUGAAAGCGGUGUCUAAGAUGGCCCCUAAUGUUCCCCUGGAAAUGGAGCUCCCCGGUGUCAAGAUCGUACACGCUCAGUUUAACACACCUAUGCAGUUGUACUCUGAUGACAAUAUCAUGGAAACACUGCAAGGCCAAGUUUCUACAGCUCUGGGGGAAACACCUGUCAUAAGUGACCCAUCUCCCAACUCAGUGUCUCAGUCUGACGUGUACAAGAUGCUGCACGCCAACCAGGAGGAGCCCAGUCAGCCGCGCCAGUCUGGCUCCUUUAAGGUGCUCCAGAAUUUAGUCUCCGAGGAAGAUGGGCGCCCUGUGGGAACAAGAAGUGUGAAAGCACCUGUAACAAAGAUACCUACUGCCAUGCCUGGUGUCCAGAAAGUGCCACUGUGUGACAAAUGUGGGAGUGGGAUUCUAGGGACGGUGGUGAAGGCACGUGAUAAAUACCGGCAUCCAGAAUGCUUCGUGUGCUCUGACUGCGAUCUCAACCUGAAACAAAAAGGCUACUUCUUCGUGGAGGGCCAGCUGUACUGCGAAGCUCACGCGCGCGCCCGCAUGAGACCACCGGAGGGAUACGAAACAGUUACGGUCUACCCAAAAUGCUAGUCUUAGGUUAACAUACAAACAUAUGCAUGCUCACAAAAAGCCUUUACCAGCUUAGAACUGCAGUACGAGUGUCAGGACUUCUGCCUAAAUCCAAAGUAGAAGCUUUUAAACCUUUCUCUGUGGGAUUCUGAGAGAGGUGGAAGUCCUUUUUAGCCAGCAAUAGCAUAUUAUACCAUCAAAAUUCUGCUAAAAUAUUGUUUUUGAAACUGUCAAUAUAACUCAAGGAAGUAUAAACUAAAACAGCUCUCCUGGAAUACAAAAAGUGAAACAACUGAGGUAUUACAUGAAUGCUACAGCAUUAUGUACAUAUUAUAUAUAUAUAUAUAAUAUACAUCAGUGCUGUAAGCAAGACAUUAUUUUUAACAUAAAUUAAGUAUUUGUGCAAACACCAACACCACCAAAGCCUUACAGGCUGGGCCACUAUAAAUGUAGAAACUUGACAGAUCAUUUGAAAAGGAGCUAUUUUACAUGCUAAGUACAAAACAAGCAGUUGUUCAUGUCUGCUAUUAUUAAACUAGCAUUAAUGUACACCCCAAAUAUGUUUUGCUUACUUUGCUCUGAAUUUGGGGUUACAUUGCCUUAAUUUUCUGAUGCAGCAACUGUGAUGAAAAAGAAAUGUCAAGUCUCACAAUAAAAUGGUUAGUAUAACAAAGACUGGUUAGUAUGAGCAAAAGUUCUAUGUUGUCUUAAUGAUUUUGAAAUGAUAUCAACUUUCACAUCACUUUGCAGAAAAUUGUUCUGAGGCAUGCACACACAUGAAUGGAUUCUUUGGAAAAAGAACCUCACACUCUAAUAGGAAUUUAUUGUGAAUUGAGAAUGAAAGAAAAUUUUAAAACUUUUCUGCAGAAAAUGAUACGGGAUUUUUGUAUCUCCAUCUUUCAAUUUCCGUAAUAGAAACAAUGGGGAAAUAUCAUCACAAUGUGUUUAUUGCUGGUAAAUUAAAGUUUGGACAACUAUAAAAAUAAAUGCAAAGGCAAAGUCUUUUAUUAAAAAGCCUGGUGAAGUCCUAAGGAAUAAAAAACCAAAAAGCUGAAAGAAUAUGGGGGUUUGUUACCAAUUUCUGAAACUUGUCAAGGGCUACAUUGCUUUCUGGUAGGUGCCAGCCACAUAAAUACACCUAAUGGGCACACAAUACUUAGCACUUGCAGAAAAUAUCAAAACAAAUCAUAAAUUCUUUAAUGGAGUGUUUUGAACCUGCUCCAAAGUAGAAAAAUCUACAAAAUUUUAUACCAAAUCCACAAGACUAGCAAAAAAAUAACAGUCCAGUGACAAACAAUCUUAUGAACUUCUCCCAUUAUAUAAUGCAAGAAGCCUACAAUGCAAGUAGAAUAUGGAAUCAAAAUAAAUUCUACAUACUUUAAAUUUAUUUUAAAAAUUCACAAGUCCCAAAGAUUUAAAUACAAUGUCCACAUAUUCAAAGACUUUUCAAAAUGUCUUAAAGUAUUAUUUCAGAACUCAGAAGUUUUAAAAAUGUGUGUGUCACUGCAUUUAUUACUUACAUUUCCAUAUCAAGAGCAGAGAUUAAAGAAAAAGAAGUGUUGCACCCUUUUCAAGGUUAGUUGGUGAAUUAUUUUUGGGCACAAAACAUAGUUCUGCUCCUCAGGUACCAUAGAGGAAAUGUGUAGUAUUAAUAUUUUUCCAUUGAUAAAGCCCAUAAAUCUGAAAAUCCUUUUGAAAAUAAGAGUGUGCAUAAUGUCUAUUUUUACAAACCGAAAACGUCAUUGGUGUUUUAAAAUUUUUGUUUAAUGUUUAUGUCUUUGUGGAGUAAAAGUAAAAAUAAAUCUACUACAAAUGAUAAA